AUGGCCACCGCCAACCUCUCCAACGUGGCGGUGGUGAUCGACAGCAGCAAGGAGAGCAUGAAGGAGCUGCGCUGGGCGCUCGACAGCCUGCGCCUCCGCCCCGACGGUGCGCUCAUCGUGCUCCACGUCCAGCCGCCCCCCGGCAUCGCCGCAGACCUCAACCCCGCCUCCAUCCCCUUCGGCAGCCCUCAGGGGGUGGCGGAGGUGUCGGUGUUCAUGCAGGCCAUCGAGUCGCACGAGCGGCGGAUCCCAGAGGCGAUCCUGGAGCACGCGCUCAAGAUUUUCUCCGAUAAGAAUGUGGAGGUGAAGACACAGGUGGUGGUGGGGGAUCCCAAGAAGAAGAUCUGCGAGAUGACGACCGAACUAAAGGUCGAUCUGCUCGUCAUGGGGUGUCGUGCUUUUGGUCCUAUCAAGAGGCAUGAGACUGUAUAG